AAGGAAAACGAAAGAGGGACGAUAUUAAAAUAUUAUAAUAUUUAUAUACGUAUUUAAGAAUUGAUAAUUAAUAAAUAAAUUUGACCACUAAUUAACCCAUAUAAUGCGUUUAAUGCGACAUGUUGGCAAUCAGAUCUACGAUCAAAUAAAUUGCAAUAAUCCUUAAAUAUUUGUCAUAGUUCACCAAAUGGUGUGUGGCCGAUGGACAAUUUUCGCGUCUUCCUAUGCAUAUAUAGUCUAUAUAAUAUUUGAAAAUAUUGAUAUUACCAUUAAUAUAAAGAAGUUAGUAAGCAUUGUGAAUUAUUAAGUGCCUGCUAUCUAUUACUAACAAAUGUGAGCCCAUCGAUGCUAUAAUCGGGAAAGAAUAAACUUGAUUUUGUGGACUGAAUCCGAAUCUUGCGCAAACCAAGACUAUGAGCUGACAUUAAGAUAUUGCAUCUUGUUUGCAAUUAUGAUGGAAAGGAUUUCUAUUUAUCCCCAUUCAGCGAGUUUAUUUGCUGCUAUAAGCGCCAGCGUCUUUGUAGUGAUUGGAGUUCUCGGUAACCUAAUCACGAUUCUCGCUCUUAUAAUGUGCCCAAAAAUUAGAGGCCAUGCUACGACGGCAUUCGUUCUAUCACUGUGUAUAUCUGAUUUGCUGUUUUGUUCGUUAAGUCUGCCUCUUACUGCUGUUCGUUUUUUUCAAGAAAAAUGGACAUUCGGUGAUACGCUGUGUAAAAUUUUUCCUGUAAUAUUUUAUGGUAACGUAGCUGUAUCUCUGCUUAGUAUGGUCGGGAUAACGUUAAACAGAUAUAUUCUGAUUGGCUGCCAUUCUUUAUAUGUUCGGAUAUAUAAAACAAAAUAUAUAAUAGCGCAAUUAAUAUUUGUAUGGUCGAUAUCAUUUAUGUUGCUGCUACCCGCCAUUUUGGGUAUUUGGGGUGAAAUGGGCCUGGACGAAGCCACGUUUUCGUGUACGAUUUUAAAAAAGGAUGGAAAGUCAAUUAAGAAAACCCUUUUUAUAAUUGGUUUUGUACUGCCGUGUUUAGUUAUUAUUGUUUCAUAUUCUUGUAUAUAUAUCACUGUUUUAAGGCAAAAGAAAACAAUGAGAAAUCACAGACAGUUCGAUGUACUUACAAAAGAGCAAAUAUUCUACGAUCGGAAAUGUCGUGAAGAUAAUAGAUUAACAUUGAUGAUGGUAACAAUAUUUGUAUGUUUUCUUGUAUGUUUUCUGCCAUUAAUGCUGGCAAACGUAGUCGAUGACGAACGAAAUACGUCCUAUCCAUGGCUACAUAUAAUCGCAUCAGUGAUGGCAUGGGCGUCCAGUGUAAUAAAUCCCAUCAUUUAUGCAGCCAGUAAUCGCAAUUACAGGUCUGCAUACCGUAAGCUAUUGGCGAACCUAAGAUUUUGGACCGAUACGAGGUCUUCUGUGAGAAGUAAAACUUUUCAUCAUAGCAAAAACUCAAAAGACAUUUCAGGAACUAGCAAAAAUACUCCAAUCAUCCAAGGUGUAAAAAUGAAUAAUAUAAAGCAAGAUUACCAAAACUAAUAAAUUUAUGUACGCGUAUA